AUGCCUACCCAACAAGGUUUUGGUUACGUAGCGGGCCACAAGACUAUUCAAAAAUUCACCAAUAUUGCCAUUCCGACUCCUGGUCCAAAUGAAGUAUUAUUAAAAAUUGAAGCAGCUGGAUUAUGUCUUUCUGAUCCACAUACAUUAAUUGGGGGACCAAUUGAAAGUUUACCACCUUUAAAAACUGCUACUAAAUUUGUCAUGGGGCAUGAAAUUGCUGGUCAAAUCAGUCAAGUUGGUUCAAAUUUGAGUAAUCAUCCAGUAUAUAAAAAAGGGGGAAAAUUUGCAUUAACCAUUGCACAAGCAUGUGGUUCUUGUGAAAGUUGUCGUCAAGGUCAUGAUGGUAGAUGUGAUGCAUCUAAUCAAGCUUAUGGAUUGAAUGAAGAUGGUGGAUUUCAACAAUAUUUGUUGAUUAAAAAUUUACGUACAUUGUUACCUAUUCCUGAUGGUGUUACUUUUGAGCAAGCUGCUGUGUCUACAGAUUCAGUAUUAACACCAUUCCAUGCAAUUCAGAAAGUUCAACAUUUAUUACUGCCAACUACUAAAGUUUUGGUUCAGGGUUGUGGUGGAUUGGGUUUGAAUGCUAUUCAGAUAUUGAAAAACUAUAAUUGUUAUGUUGUGGCCACUGAUGUUAAACCAGAACUUGAAAAAUUGGCUUUGGAAUAUGGUGCUAGUGAAUAUUAUACUGAUUUAGGUAAAUCCAGUCACGAACCAAUGUCAUUUGAUUUGAUUUUUGAUGUUGUUGGAAUUCAACCAACUUUUAAUGUGUCUGACAAGUACAUUAAAUCAAGAGGUAAGAUAUUGAUGAUUGGUUUAGGAAGAUCGAAAUUGUUUAUUCCAAAUUACAAGUUAGGUAUACGUGAAGUUGAAAUCAUUUUUAAUUUUGGUGGUAGUUCUGCUGAACAAAUUGAAUGUAUGAAAUGGGUUGCAAAAGGUUUGAUUAAGCCAAAUGUUCAUGUUGCGGAUUUUAAUUCAUUACCGAAAUAUCUUGAUGAUUUAGACAAGGGUAAAAUCACCGGCAGAGUUGUAUUUAGACCUAAUAAGUUAUAA